AUGUCAGGACCAAACGGAGAGCCCGACAUGUCUGCAGACGGCAGUAUCAUCGAGGAUGAGGAUGACUUUGAUGAUGAAGAGUACACAGCUGUCAACUCCAUGUUGGAUCAAAUCAACUCUUAUCUCGAUGACCUAGAGGAGAAGAAUGACUCACUCAACGGAAAAUUACAUGAACUACUGGAGUCCAACCGACAGGCGAGGCUUGAGUUCAGAGCCCAAAGGGAUGAGACCCCUGUCCCCGACUCAAGCAGCACAGAAGAGUCUGAGACCCAAGAACCACUCUCCAAUGUCAAAGACAAGGACUAG